AUGCGGUCAACCAACAAGUCUUUUCCCAUUCUUUCCUUCCCCCCCACUGCCCCCUCAUUAGAUUAUCUUCCAUAUUUCUCUUACAAUUUUCGAGUUUUUGCCUCUCUUCUCUUCUUCUUGCUUCUCUAUCCUUCUCUUGGUGUUGAUGUUGUUGGUGCUGGUACUGGUGCUGGUGCUUUGAACUCUGCUCUCUUCCCUCCUGCUCCUCCUCCCCCCAACUAUUUUCGCAUUUUGACCAUUUGGCAACUCCCUUCCCUCCUCUUCCCUCAAGAAUUUUCGCAAUUUUCACUAUUUGUUCUCUUGCCUCUUCCUCCUGUAAUUUUCGCAUUUUUGCCUGUUUUGUAG